AAAAACUAUAUAUAUAUAAUUUUAAUAAUUUAAUAAUAAUAAUAAUAAUAAUAAUUGAAAAACUUAUCGUUACCUUCAUUCACUGUCUCCUUCCUUCACACCCUGGGUGGUGCUCGAAGUGAGAAAGAAACAGAGAGAUGGUAAGAAUAAUACCGAUGGCGUCGUCGAUCAGACCUUCUCUAUCAUCGCUCAAGUUCUCCGGCUCUUCUUCUCGUUGCGCCGUUUCUCUCUAUUCCUUCAACUCUUCUCGGAGGCUCGUUUCCUUUAAUCUCGCUAGUGCUGUUCCUCAGACACAAUUGUUUGGUCUGAAAGCUUCGAGGCUGUUGAGAGGCAAUGGUUGCAGCGUGCCCAUGGCUGGUGCUGGAAAUGUGGCACAAGGAAGCACAGCCGCUACCCCAGAAAAUGUCCUUGAGUGGGUCAAACAGGACAAGCGAAGGUUCCUUCAUGUUGUUUAUCGUGUUGGGGAUUUGGACAGAACCAUAAAAUUCUACACAGAGUGCCUCGGAAUGAAAUUGCUGAGGAAACGUGACAUACCUGAGGAAAGAUACACAAAUGCAUUUCUUGGAUAUGGGCCUGAAGAUUCACAUUUUGUUAUUGAACUCACCUAUAAUUAUGGGGUUGACAAAUAUGAUAUUGGAACUGCAUUCGGUCAUUUUGGUAUUGCAGUUGAGGAUGUCGCCAAGGCUGUGGAACUUAUAAAGGCUAAGGGUGGCAAAGUAACCCGAGAACCUGGUCCUGUCAAAGGUGGCAGUACGGUUAUUGCAUUUAUUGAAGAUCCUGAUGGUUAUAAGUUUGAACUUUUGGAAAGAUGGCCUACACCUGAGCCCUUGUGCCAAGUAAUGCUUCGUGUAGGUGAUCUUGAUCGUUCCAUAAACUUUUAUGAGAAGGCUUUUGGCUUGGAGCUUCUUCGUAAACGAGAUAAUCCGGAGUAUAAGUAUACAAUAGCAAUGCUUGGUUAUGGCCCUGAAGAUAAAAAUGCUGUUCUGGAGUUGACAUACAAUUAUGGGGUCACAGAAUAUGACAAAGGAAAUGCUUAUGCCCAGUUAGCAAUAGGCACAGAUGAUGUCUAUAAAACUGCAGAAGCAAUUAAACUUGUCGGGGGGAAGAUUACCCGAGAACCUGGACCAUUACCUGGUAUUAACACCAAAAUUACUGCUUGCUUGGAUCCUGAUGGUUGGAAGACGGUAUUUGUAGAUAAUGUUGAUUUCCUCAAGGAAUUGGAGUGAGUUGCAGAAAUCUCAGGAGCAAGCUUUAGUAGACAGAAAUGGAAGACUCGCGUGGGCCAAAAGUAAUUCUUCGAAGCUGUUCCAUUCCAUGUGGAAGAAUGUAUUUAACCAUUUUGUAGAUAACAUUACAACGACUUCCUUCCAGAAUAAACACUUGUAACAAAAUAUUUCCGUUUAGAUUUGCAUCUAUAUCCUUGUCAAGUAGUUUGAAAUAUACAUUUGUCUGUUUAAUUAUUAUUAUAUUUCUCCCA